AUGUCUGGACGUUCCUUUGGUACUUUCCAAAAGAAUGCCGGUUAUUUGACUGGCGCAAAUAUCCUUGACGUCGCAAGAAUUGGCAUUGAUCUUGGUGUCCGCACCGCCAAUACAACCCUCAUUAGUGACGCCUAUGCUAGGAUUCACGCAGAGCUCAUCGUUCAUUAUGAGGUCAAAAGCGAUGGUAUCAGGGAGGAUGGAAGCUUCGGACAACACGGCGGACUCUUGUAUAACGGAAAUUAUGGAAAGGAUUAUUCCAAUGAUGUUCUCCAACUAGAAUAUGCCGCUGCGGGCACAGAAUUUGAGGCGAACUCGGAUUCAAAGACAGCUUUUGAAGCCCUUAUUGAUGGCGACAAAUGGAUGAUCUAUUAUAAUACUUUGACAGCAUCUGCUCUCGGCAGGUUUAUCAGUUUCCCGGUGAUUGACGGACAGGCGACUAGUAGCAUUUUGCUCAAUCUGACGGAAGUCGAAGUCUUGGGAAAUCUAUGGUCAUCGAACAUCUUGACCAGCUUUAGCCAGAGCUUAAGCACGAACGUAACGCAUGCUAACGCUGGUAAUCUGAGCGGUAAUCGCAUGUUCUACGCAAAUGACUACAUGGUACAUCGGGGUAGCAACUAUAUGUCAACGGUUAAGAUGGUCUCGACAAGGACGUUGACCAGUGAAUGCGUCAAUUCGCAGAACCCCCUGGGCUUUCAUCUUUCAGAUGGCGCCUUAUACACUUAUAUUCAGGGCGAUGAAUACGAGGACAUCUCGGUGGCCUGGGACUGGCAGCUUAUUCCUGGCAUUACCGUGAACUACAAUGUUACGCCUCUCAACUGUGGUAACACUGGAUACACGGGAGUGCAAUCUUUUGUUGGUGGCGUCUCUGAUGGUAAUAUCGGGAUUGCAGCUAUGCGAUAUACAAACCCGUAUGAUAGGUCCUUAAGCUGGCAAAAGGCGUGGUUCUUCUUACACGAUGACGUGCAACACAUCAUGAUUUCAAACGUUUCAUCCAACAAUAACGCUCCCAUUUAUUCUGUCCUCGACCAGAAACGGCACUACGGACCCAUUAUCGUUGAUACGAUACAGCGAUCCUCACAGUCGACUACAUUAUUCGUCGACAUUGGAGAGAAGACAGGUAACUGGUCCUCCAUAGGGACAUCCACCCAGCCACCUGCCACUGUAGAUCUUUUUGCAGCUUGGUUGCAGCACGACUCUACUGUUAACACAUCCUUCUCUUAUACCGCUUUUCCUGGUAUCUCUUUGGAGUCGUUUCUCCAGAAAGGCCAGCAUUUCUCUCUCCAAUCGGUCCAGAACGAUGCACAUGCCUCUGCGUUAUACGAUCAAGCUCACCAGACCAUCAUGGCCGUAUUUUGGGACGCGGCUGGUGGAUCAGUGAACCUCAAUGUAUCAGGUCCUUUGUAUAACGCGUCCAGAGUCUUGACUAUCUCAGUCACUGGAAAUAUUGCACUCCUAUACGAUGAACGGCCGGGAAAUAUCAGCGUCUCCGAUCCAUCGCAAACGCUGGACACAGUCGACGUUGCAUUCACAUUUUCCGGGCAGACAGUGGUAGAAAAGAAGACAACUAUUUCGUUCCCAACAAACCAUUUUUCGUGUAGUAGCGCAUCACAGCAGUUAUAA